AUGGAACUGUCCCAGCUCCUCAAUGAGAUCAGGGCAAAGUAUGAAACGCUCAUCACCAGAAAUCAGAUAAAGACCAUCAUCUCAGCAAGGACCCAGCGAGACGAAGCUACAAUUAUAAGAAUGGACAAAGAUGCAGAAGCAUUAAAGGCAGCCAGAGCAGAACUCUGCGAAGCGAGACGGCAGUGGCACCAUAUGCAGAUCGAAAUUGAAUCUCUCCACGCUGUGGAAAAGGGUUUGGAACGUUCAUUGCGUGCCACAGAGCAGCAGUACCACAUGCAACUGCAACAUUUAGAAGCUGAGAUUGAAUGCUUAGAGAAAGAGCUACUGGAAGUGAGAAGAGGUAUUGAGAAACAGCUUCGAGAGCAUGAAAUUCUCCUGAACACGAGGAUGAAACUGGAGGAGGAGAUAGCAACAUAUCGCAGUCUGCUUGAGCAAGAAGAGAACAGGUUUCGUUGCUCUGUACCUGAUCAGAAGGACGACAAAAAGCCUACCACUAGCAAGAUUGCCUUUACACUGCCUUUGAAUGGUGUGAAGAAGCAUGAAAAUGAGAAAGUGGAACUGAUGACAAAACAAGCAGUCCUAGAUGGAAAUAUUAUGAAGGAAAGCACUGAAGCUCAUGGCACUGUACAGACAGAAAAAGUGGAUGAAGUUAUUAAAGAAUGGGAAGGUUCUUUCUUUAAGGACAACCCUCGCUUAAGGAAAAAAUCAGUUUCAUUGCGCUUUGAUCUCCACCUAGCAGCAACGGACGAAGGAUGUUUACACACUAAAAAGAAAACUCUUCCCGACAUUGAAGUCAGGCUGGUAAUGAGGAGAUCUUGCAGUAUUCCUUCUAUCAAACCUUAA